CAAAAUUUCAUCCUUAUGCACCGGUUAAUUUGUACACUGAAAAACAAAGACUACAACAAAACAGCAUGGAUGACCUCAUCGCCUUAUAUCAUGUUAACCUAACAUGAGAGCUCAUCAGUUGAUACGACGUAUCGUUCUCCGAAGCAUGGAUUUGCGUGACCAAAUGCCUUUCGACCAAUCAUCCGGUUCAUCGUUGAUCCGUUUGAUUAACUACCUUGCCUUGACCUACCUAUCGAAUUACCAUUCCGUUUGCGUAGUAAAAACCAGCGCGGAGUUUAUACUAAUCGACGUUGACAUUCCUAUCAUGGUCAUGACCGUCGACGCACAAUUCAACACAACCUUCCGAAGGGGGGUCGAAGGCGGAUGCCAAGCAUUUAUCGUUCAACAGCAUGCUGCUUUGUGGUCGUUUUUGGACGUGUUUCCGGAUGCUCAUGACUAUUCGGAUCAACGAUCGGCUGCAAAGAAAUUAAUUGUUUUGUUGGACGAUCUGAGUCCUGAAACAUCUGAGCGGCUUUGUGCUCAUUUGACUAUUCGAGAUCUUCCUGAUAUGUUGAUAGUCCUGUCAAAGGAAGAAGAUGACCUUUUUGAGUUCUUCACGACUGAAAUUACGGGUGAUGGCACAAGAGGAACGGUGACUGUUCGCAUACAGCCUGUGUCACCGCCCAACUACUUUCCAGAAAAGCACCAAAACAUGAACGGAAUGCCGAUACGGUUUCAAACCGUGAUGUAUCCACCGUUCGUUUACUAUGCGGAAACAACUCCUGAGAAAGCGAACGCCAGGAAAGAUCCUCGUUAUUAUACAGACAACAACCCUGUGUUCAUCGAUGGAACUGAACCACUUCUUCUGGUAGAGUUCUGCCAGCGGAAAAAUUGCACAAUUGACGCUUAUUUUGAUGAGACCUACCUGUGGGGUGAUGUUACUGAGAAUAGAACUGCCAACGGAGUUUUAGGGGCAGUUGCUACCCGGCAGGCCGACUUCGCUGUAUCGGCAAUAUACUAUUGGCCACAUCCGUAUCGGUUCGCCACUUAUACCGGAGACAUCAGCCGAUCCGGCCUCACUGUACUGGUACCGAAACCUUCAGCAGUUGCCCCUUGGCGAACGCCAUUUCUGUCAUUUUCCAAGCAUCUCUGGAUAGCCGUAGGAGUUGCGUUCUGCGCUGGAGUCACUGCCGUAUGGCUGCUCGAUAAAGGUCGCUCGCACAUUAAGGACUCUGCAGCAGGUAAACGGAUGAGCCUCAGCGAUGCGUUGCUCUCCAUGAUUGGAUUCUACAUGGAACAGACUGUCUUCAUGAGACGAGACCUGGUGGCAUGUGUAUUUUUGUCGACUUCACUGUUGUUCGCUGGAUUCAUGGUGGGUAAUCUAUACGGAGCAGGGCUGGCUGGGGUCAUGACUAUUCCGCAAUUUGAAGCUGCAAUCGAAACGGGCCGGGACCUGGCAAAGAAGGGUUUAACCUUCGUGGGCAACGACUGGGCUUGGAUGUUUGCCCUGAGACCUUCACCGUUGGCAUACGUUCAGAAAAUUGUUCGACAAUACAAAGUGGUCGAUGAUGCGUUCAUGGUGCAGCACCGAAACAUGCGAGACAUCGGAUACGUAGCGGAGAAAACGGAGUUCGGCCAUGUUGGUCCGGUUGAUUUUCUAGAUGUUCAAUCCUCGGAUAACUACCAACUUUUGAAGGAAGAUCUGGCCUGGCAGUACUGUACGGCAGUUGUGACCAAGACUUGCCCUUUUAAGCAUAGCUUUAACGACCUACUGAUCAACAUUCGUCAAUCCGGAAUACAAUACUACUGGGAAACAAUGGUUGUGAAUCGCUAUCUCAGUAUGGCAAUUCAGCAGAAAAUACUUGAGUCGGACCUGCAGGAAACAAGUCAGGAUGCUGUCAUACUAACCGUAUCGCAUUUCAUUGGAGCGUUCCUGGUUCUAGGAUUUGGAUUCGCGUGUGCAGUCACCGUUUUUAUUUUGGAAAACUUGUAUGCUGCAAUGCAUAAUAGAAACAGAUCUUGGUUUGAUAUCUCGAGACCAUUAUUUGUCUGUAAGAAAUUUGUAAUUGAUGGAGAACUGAAAUAACAAUUAAUGCAGCAAACAUGUUUACUCGCAAAAAUAAAUUCCAUUUCCGUUUGAAAAGUUCCUAUAAUUACUAGUUAUUGUUAUCCUACAGAAAUCAUUGUUAGUUACCAAAUGCAAUCAAAUAAAACUAAAGCUACGCUUCGAAUAAUAAGAUCAGAUAAAAUCAGAAA